UGGGAAAAGUUUUUACUCAAUUUAAAAGAUGUCCUUUUAACUUAAGAGAAAUUUAAAAUAGGUUUUUUUUUCGUGAACGAUAGAUAUAUUAAAAUAUUAUUAAUUUCAAUAUAAAUUUGAGAAUGAGUAAAAAGGAUAUUUAAUUUUUCUUUACUUAAGUACGUGGUAAAAAAACAACACGAGGACCAGCCACGGGGCGCUUAAGCCGUCAAAUGAAUUGCUUGCUGUCUUUAACCCUUCUUCCCAGUCCACUCUCUCGUUUCUCGACUGUUUGCAGACGAUGGAUGUCUCUUCCUUCUCCACGAGCCCAAGGCGAUGCUGCCUUCCUUCCUCAGCUGUAGAUAUGGUGGUGCUCAAGAAACAUGGUGUCUCUCAAUGCUAUCAAGGCUCUGUACCCAUGUUGGGUAAUAAAAGCAGACCUCAGCCUUCACUAAAUCAAAGUCUACUCUUAAGGCAUAAGAAGUACCCUGUUCAGGUGUUAUGCAGCCAGAAGAAAGACAUACCUAUAGUAGAGGCUCGGACCAUGGAUGAAAUAUAUGAUACUUUGGCUGAACGUGUGGUGCCAACUGCAGCUUCAGGAACAAAUACCAGUGCAAUUCAUAUUGUGGGAUUAGCUGGGCCUCCAGGUGCUGGAAAAACCACUAUUGCUUCAGAGGUGGCUAAAAGAGUAAACAAGUUAUGGCCUCAAAAAUCAUGUGCAUUUGAUUCACAGGUUCAACCUCCACAAAUUGCUGUUGUUCUUCCCAUGGAUGGCUUCCAUCUUUAUCGCCAUCAGCUUGAUUCAAUGGAGGAUCCAAAGGAAGCCCAUGCAAGAAGGGGAGCUCCAUGGACGUUUAAUCCCGAGUUAUUCUUAAAAUGUCUCAAGAGACUGAGGGAGCAGGGGUCGGUUUAUGCUCCAUCUUUUGACCAUGGUGUUGGAGACCCGGUUGAAGAUGAUAUCUUCAUAAAUGUUCAGCAUAAAGUUGUGAUAGUGGAAGGCAAUUAUCUACUUCUAGAAGAUGGUACUUGGAAAGAAAUUGCAUCAAUGUUGGACGAGAAAUGGUUUGUAGAUGUUGACAUUGACAUAGCAAUGGAACGUGUUUUGAAGAGACAUAUAUCAACUGGCAACACCCCUGAAUUCGCCAAACAACGGAUCGAGUACAAUGACAGGCCAAAUGCAGAACUUAUUUUCAAAUCCAAGAAAAAAGCUGACUUGAUAAUCAAGUCAGUUGCUCUUUGAAGGUCAAAAUCCACAUUUUCCAUGUAUGUAUGUAUCAAUGAUAUUGUUUUGUGUUUUAGAUUAUUGCAAAAUAAUUCAGUGUUUAUGAAUGACUAAUUGAAAUGCCACCAGUUUUGUGAAAAUAACUAGAAAAUAGUUUAUUACUA